AUGUUCCGUCGUAUUUCUGUUCCUUUGCGUUCGGUUGCUCGCCGCACCUACGCGACUCAGAACGUCAAGGUUCCUGUUCAGCUCUACGGCCUGGACGGCACCUACGCGACUGCACUUUUCGAGGCUUCCGCUAAGGCCUCCUCCAUUGCCAACACUGAAAAGUCCCUGAAGGAGCUCAGCGACCUCAUUGCCCGCGACCCCAAGACCGGCGGUAUUCUGACCGACCCCUCGUUGACCAAGAGCGACCAGGAGAGCGUCAUCAAGAUCGUCACCGAGCAGCUCAAAGCUGACAACGUUUUCAAGGGCUUCCUCGACGUCAUGGCCUCCAACAACCGCAUGGGCCUUUUGCCUGAGGUCAUCCGCCAGUUCCAGGUCCUUGCCGAUGCGUACAAUGGUCGCGUUGAGGCCGUUGUUACCUCUGCCACCAAGCUCGACAGCUCUAUCAUGAAGCGCAUCACCGCUGCUCUGGAGAAGUCCGAGUUUGUCGGCGCCAACCAGACUCUGAAGGUCUCUAACGUUGUCAACCCUGCAAUCAAGGGCGGUCUCGUCGUCGAUAUCGGCGACCGUACUGCUGAUCUUUCCGUCGCCCGUGAGCUCACCAAGUUCAACGAGCUUCUGUCUACCGCCAUCUAA